CGAAGGUUAUGUUUACAGAAAAGCCCCAAAACACUAGCAAAAUCAUGAGUUAAAAGUACCACAUUCGGUUUAGAAUUCGGCCCCGCCACGAGGACGGAACUGUCGUGGUCGCCCCCCGCUAAAUUACGAAGCGAAAAAACUGUAGCGUCGCUGAUUAGUAUGCAUGGGAUGUAAAUACAUAUCGACGCGAAUUCGAGAUGCAGCAGUUGUAGCGUGGAGGCGAUGGCGCGAUGGAACUUGUGCUGACUAAAAAGAUUAUCGUGGCCCUGCUUAUAUUGGCCGCGAUUUCGUUGUACGUUUCGUUUAUUUUCAACUCUUGUCUGGUUGCAAGCAUUGCUCGAGCACUACCCAAGUGGAGAAAUCAUCCUGUUGUGGUCAACGAAAAUCGCAUCUUCAAAUACGCAACGUCCGUCCGCGUGGUCUCACUCAUCGAGGGAAACGAAACGGACAUCUCCCCCAAAUACCGAUUGCUGCGCGAACAAGGCCUCCAGCCUGCCCGCCAGUUACCCUCUGCUCUGAUCAUAGGCGUAAAAAAAGGUGGCACACGGGCCCUUCUAGAGUUCGUGCGCAUCCAUCCUGAUGUGCGGGCGGCGGGUAGCGAAGUACACUUCUUCGACAAGAAUUACGCGAAGGGAUUCCAAUGGUACAGGAACCACAUGCCGGCCACUCUUGAGGGGCAGCUGACGAUCGAGAAAACGCCGUCGUAUUUUAUAACAAAAGAGGCUCCGAGGCGCGUCCAACUGAUGAAUCCGUCUACUAAGUUGUUGGUGGUGGUGAGGGAUCCUGUUACGAGAGCUAUUUCGGAUUAUACGCAGUCUGUUAGCAAAAAGCCGGAGAUGAAGCCAUUCGAACAAUUGGUUUUCGUCAACGGUUCGAUCGGACGUUUAAUCGAUACCUCUUGGGGACCCGUAAAGCUAGGCAUUUACAGUAGAUAUUUAAUCAGGUGGUUAAAAUUUUUCCCUUUGUCGCAGUUCUUGUUUAUCAGCGGCGAGCGAUUGGUCGUCGAUCCCGCAAGCGAAUUGAAGCGGGUACAGGAAUUCCUUGGGCUCAAACAAGUGGUUACUGAGAAGCAUUUUUACUUCAACACCACCAAAGGGUUUCCUUGUUUGUUCAAGAGCGAGGGACACAGUUCACCACAUUGUCUCGGCAAGACGAAAGGUCGUAGUCAUCCGUUCAUCGAUCCAGUAGUACUGCAAAGGCUCAGGGAUUUUUACAGGCCAUUCAACAAUAGGUUUUAUCAGAUGACUGGUAUCAAUUUCGGCUGGGCGUAAACCGUAACAUAUCAGGAUAUUUUCUAUAUCAUACGAGCCGCAGGUCGCAAGGGACAAUGAUAGAAUAUGUCCGUAGAAUUGUGUAUACCAAAAACUAAUAUCCAAACCAAAGAAAUGUACCAUUUCCAAGAAAACAGCAACGUAAUAUCAUUUUUAUCAAGACGUUUUAGAACGUACCUAGCGUUACCAACUAAGACGAUGUAGACUGCUUGAAUUGUAGCCGUUUUUUAUACAUUUUUAGAACCUACAUUAUAGAACGUUUAAUACAAUUUUACAAAAACUUUUUUACAUUAACGAAAGUCAAUUCGAGUUUACUAAAUACCUCCAAUUAAUAAAACAACGCAAGCUUUAAAAUAAACGUACAUAACGAAAUGUAGGUGACAUAUUUGCUGAAAUUUACUGGAAAAAGCUAUAUUUUCAGUAUGAUAUAUUCUUUAACAUGUAAAUAUGUCCCUAUAAAAUCGAUAAUCAACUAAUUAGGUAAUUUGCAAAGCUAGUAAAAUGUCUUAUGACAACUUAAUCAUUAGCUUUUAAGCAUAUUAACAGUUUUCUUUUAAAUUGAGUACAAAUUUUUGUAGUUUAGUGCCAAAAUUGUUUAUUGUUUGUUAGUAAAGUUUGUAGUUAAACUAACAUAUCUUGUGUGAUUUUAACAAGCUCAA